AUGGAAGGACUUUCGACUCCACUGUACUGCGACAUUGAGCAGCGUUCCAGGACCCCGACUCGAGUUCCCACCUUUGCGUUAUGUGGCUUUGGUCCCGUUGCUUCACCCAUCGAACCUUUGCCAAAGAAUGACCAGAUGUCUUCUCCUACAACGACAGUUCGGUACGCGGAUGACCCUGAAGCUAGCGGAUCUCAACGCUGUGACGAUUUUAAACAGCAGUCCAGGCCAAAGUUCGACUUGACAAGCAGAAGGGGCACCGAAGGAGACAUUCGGUCAGCUUUUCAACAUCUUCGAGACCUUUUUGGUGAAUCCAUGUAUUAUACACUGAGCCGUUCUAGCAGUGCGCCCUUUACCUCCAGCAUGAGGGCUACGGAAUACUUCAUCUCCCCAGAUGAAAUUUCAACCUCGCUUCCAUUUGGACCAGAGCUCUUUUCCAAGGAUAUGCUCGUUGAAAACGUCUAUAAUGAGAGAUUUCAGCUGAUGGCAGGCCCAAAGAAUUUUCUAUUGCACGAUGUGGUUCCAUCUGAUUCCUCUCAUAAUUCAAACAGCAACCUCACACCAUCUGGACCAUCCGGUAUCUUGGAGACAGGCCCUAUUGGAGACUACAGAAGUGGACUAUCCCCAUCACCUUUCCACGCUGUUGAGAGCUCGCUCACAGAUCAUUUCGACUAUGGAGUUGACGGAGAGAACACCUACCCUGUUCGAACGCAGCUAUUGUGCAGUCGGUCGAGAAGCUUUUCUCCGCCUCAUUCCUGCGAGCCUCUCGGUCAGUUCUCUGAACAGUUCCCGUAUACAAACCAGCGAGACCUCUCCUUGACAGAUGUUGCUUUCAAUGCACCAAGAUAUCUUCAAAACGUGAACGAUAACAUGGAGGCACAGCUACAUUCGGUCUCUUCUACGUGGCCGCUCGCUGCCGUUGCAGAGGAUCCCUGUCAGAAUCCCCCCCCUACUGAUUCUGGCUAUGAAUCGUUCCGUCAUCCUGAUUCCUUCCUCAAUUACCAUCCCUGGGGCAUAACAGGAGGCUCUUCUACACCAAGUAGGACUAUCAGAAAGGACUUCGACGCGAAGACUUCAUAUUCUGCAGCAAGUACCGUCGGCAGAGGCCCAGCGGAUCAAUACGUUGCCGAAUUAGCCAGCGACAUUCGCCAACAAUUAUUCCAUCGUUCAGACAUCAAGGCUUGGCAAUCGGUGCAGUCGAUACUUCCAGAAUUGAUCAAGGCCUUUGCAAUUCAAGUUGGACUCGAUUCAACGUCCCAGAACCACAAAAGCAUCAUGUACUUCAUACAUAAACGCGGCCGUCAAAUCGGGUCACGGCUUGUGUCUAUGUCGGAUGAGUUGAUUAUCGACGCUUCACGUGAAAGUGUAGCUGGCAUGUCUGUAGAGGAUAAGAUUAGCCUUUGGAACAGCAAGGUGGGCGUGUCUUGUCCUUCACCGCCCCAGCAGGAUCGAUUCCAGGGGAUUGAAGAUACAGAAGAGGACGCUUUGGGGCCUGUCCCAAUAUCGGAAUACCGCGAUAUUGUGUUGAAGGGCAAUCCAUUCAAGUGUCUGGUCGCACGUCUGAAUAAUGAAAUGAUCUUGCAGUGGGACCAAGACAACUCUAAGAACAAUAACGUACGAAAAGAGAUCCGACAGAAGAUACUCGAGUGUCUUCCAACGGGCAGAAUCAGCAAGAAGCAUUCACCAAAGAUUCAUCAAGUCAGAUUUCGGCUUCUUGGAUGGCCGUUCACUCCUGCGUCUGUAUGGCAUCCAGCAAAUUACGAAGCUGAGGUGCUCGCCCCUCAAUCGAUUUCAGAGUCUCUCAUUGUUGCCUACUGCACAGAAGGAAGUCAAGCAACUACGAUUACGAAUUACUUGAAGCAAGUGUGGCCAUCGAGUUGGAAUAGUUUGUACGACGUGCUACAGAUUCACCCAGUCAUCAAUGGAUCGGGAGAUUAUGUUUCUGACAAAACUCACACUGUUGCCGUGCAAGAUGACCCUAGUACGUUUCUGGGAGCUAGGCUUGAAGGCAAGCACUUGGUCAUCACCGUAAAGGGGUCCUCCUACUUGAUUGCCGAGUAUGGCGAACAACUUGCGUGGCUCUCUGCGGCUAUUCCCCGCCCUCUUGACGGCAACGUAUCCAACCGGACUCCUUGCAUUCAUCAUGAAAGUGCCGAUGAGGCGAGAUACCACGACCCCGGAACAGACGUGGUAAGCUUCGAUAUCACGGCACGGGAAGAGACCAUAGACUAUUCGUCUUCACAAGCAUCACGAUGGACGCAAGUCUUGCACGAAAGUUUUGUUAUUGUUGCAGGGUUUCCUAUCUUGAGACGUCCAGUGAGUUUUCAUGGAAUGGAGGUCUCGUGGAAGACUCUUCGAGAUUUCAUUGGAGAAUGCACUUUUUCAAAUCGAGACGGACGAAUGAUCUUAGAUGGAACCUGCAGAACCAUUAUUUUGACGCAGUAUGAUGCCAGCAACGGCAUUCAUCUCUGGCAGGACGUUCCGAGUGGAAGGAACCCAAGUUGUUCUUCCGUGGGCGACUUGAAGAAAGAUGAAGAAGAAAACUUGGGUUGGGAGCUCAAUUUCAUGGUCGGCCGCCAUAUCCUAGAUUUUGUUGACCGCACAGCGAUAAUACCAGGUAGGCGUUCAACAUACAUCUUCGGCUACUUGGUUCUAAUUGUGAGCCUUGCCUAG